AUGCCAAAUAUCAAAGUAAAGUGGAUCCGAAAGCUUUUGGGUGUGGAACUUCAAAAAGAAGCUCGGUUUGGAUACAAAUACGGAGGUAAAUUGUACAUGCUCGACGCCACAGAUUUGCAAGUAUGGGAUCAACUGGUAAAGAACCGUGGAGUAUCAAUUGCAAAUCAAUUUCUUGAAAGCGGUCCCAUUUCAGUUACUGAUGCACAAAUUCCCGAGCGGUUGCAAUCGCAGUUUGAUUUGAAUACAGGUCUUACAAGGAGUAACAAGACUUUGGGAUCAGAGUCAAAUUGGAAGCAUUACGAAUGUUCUGUGUGUAAGGAUAAAUCGGGUAAGCCAUUGGUUAGUGUUGGAAAGGAACAGUGGGAAAUUCAUACCAAGAGCCGCAGACACAAGAAACAGGUAGGAUACGAAUUGCGCAAGAUAAAGCACGAGGAGCUCAAAAUGAGAUAUAAACGACCUAAUGAGGAGAGUAAAUAA